GCCUAGUCCCACCGUCAUACUCAUCGGGGGCUCGCCCGUCUCCGCAGAGAUCGCCCCACACCUGAGAAAGUGAGAAGUUGAAUCCCUUCGCCGCCGCCGCCGCCGCCGCCGUCAUGUGCGGCUCCGCCGCCCGAGCCCUGAACUCCGUCUCCCGCGCGGCCUUCUCCUGGAAACCAACAGGGUUGCCGCAGCAGACGCUCGCCGCUGCGGUGAGCAGGUCGGGCGUGGGGCUUCACUCGGGGGCGAAAACCACCGCCACGCUGCUCCCCGCGCGAGCCGGCGAGGGGAGGUACUUCGUCGUUGAGGGGGAGGAGACGAGGGUGGCGGCGGAGGUGGCGAAUGCCGAGGCGCACUCGCCGCUAUGCACCGCGCUGCGGCGGGGCGGCGCGCGGGUGCGCACGGUCGAGCACCUGCUCUCCGCGAUGGAGGCGCUCGGCGUCGACAACUGCCGCGUCGAGGUCAGCGGCGGCGACGAGAUUCCGUUGCUUGAUGGAUCAGCGCAAGAGUGGGUGAUGGCUAUAAGAGGUGCAGGUCAAUGUGCGGCCAAGGAUUCCAGUGGCCAGAAACUGGAGAAACUGGCUCCGGAAAUCCAUGAGCCUGUUUACUUGCAGAAGUCUGAUUGUUUCAUAGCUGCACUCCCUUCCUCAAGAAUCCGUAUAACCUAUGGGAUUGAUUUUCCAAAAGUGCCAGGAAUUGGGUGUCAGCGCUUCGCAACAGUCCUAGAUGCUAAUGUCUACUCAAGCAAGAUAGCCCCAGCAAGAACUUUCUGUAUAUUUGAAGAGGUUGAAAAAUUGCGUUCUGCUGGGCUCAUCAGAGGAGGAUCGCUAGAAAAUGCUACGGUUUGCAGUAUUUCUGGUGGUUGGCUUAAUCCACCACUGCGGUUUGAGGAUGAACCUUGCCGCCACAAGAUUUUAGAUCUUAUCGGUGAUUUCUCGCUUCUUGCACAGAAUGGUAACCAGGGUUUUCCACUUGCUCAUGUAGUUGCCUACAAGGCUGGUCAUGCCCUGCAUACUGAUUUCCUACGGCAUUUGUUGGGAAGGAGCGCUGUGGGCCAAGAAAACCUUGCUGAGCAAUGUUGAAAGCAUAUGGAUACCGCUGCUCCGUCGAUAAUGGCAAGGACGCAAAAUUUCAAGGAUACAAACAUAGGAUGGUCGCCCUUCUUCCAGCUAGGCCAUGCAGUACCAACUAUUCAUCUUGCAAUUAUCUGCCAGCCAUUUUUCCAUCUAUUCCUUUCUCUCUCUUUCUUUUUUGAUCUGAUGAAUCAUGUAGCCCAUCAGCAUCUGUACAACCUGUUUAGUCUUGCAAAGUUGCAAUUCAGCAUAGAAGUAGAUGCCCAUGUUAUCUGUGUGUACAGUUCUGAGCAGCCAAAUACAACUCAAACUGAACCCUUCUCUCC